AUGAAGAAGAACUUUUUGUAUCAAACCUUAUCAGUUUAUCUCCUUCAAUCUCUGUUAUUUGCUUCUGCUGUGCUACUGCCAGAUGCCACAACACCAUUGGUGCAUAAUGUUAGUAGGGAUAGAGAACUCUUAAGUGGGUGCAAUUUGUUUCAAGGCAAAUGGGUUAUUGAUUCUUCAUAUCCUCUAUAUCAAUCUUCAAGUUGUCCCUUUCUUGAACCUGAGUUUGAUUGCCAAAAGUAUGGCCGCCCUGAUAAACAAUAUCUUAUGUAUUCAUGGAAACCAGACUCUUGUAACUUGCCCAGAUUUGAUGGGAUGGAGUUUCUGAGAAGAUGGAGGGGGAAGAAGAUUAUGUUUGUCGGUGACUCACUGAGUUUGAAUCAGUGGGAAUCUCUGGCUUGUCUGAUACAUGCUUCUGUACCAAAUUCCAAGACCAGCUUCGUCAAGAAGGACUCGCUUUCUGCUGUAACGUUUCAGGACUAUGGAGUUUCCAUACUUCUUUAUCGUACGCCGUACUUGGUAGAUAUACAAAGAGAAAAUAUCGGGCGAGUCCUGAAACUGGACUCCAUUCAACAAGGAAAUGCAUGGAAGGGAAUGGACAUGCUCAUAUUCAAUACAUGGCAUUGGUGGACUCAUAAAGGAAAAUCGCAACCAUGGGAUUAUAUACAAGAUGGCUCUACUAUAUCCAAAGAUAUGGACCGUUUAGUGGCAUUUUACAAAGGUUUGACGACAUGGGCUCGAUGGGUUGAGCUCAAUGUUGAUCCAACAAAGACAAAAGUGUUCUUCCAGGGAAUCUCUCCUACUCACUACCAGGGCAGGGAUUGGAGGUCGGGAUCAAAGAACUGCUAUGGUGAACAACAACCACUAGCAGGGUCGACAUAUCCAGGAGGGACACCCCCAGAAGUUUCCGUUGUUAACCAAGUAUUGAGCAGAAUCAAGAAACCAGUAUAUCUUCUAGAUAUCACUACCCUGUCCCAAUUAAGGAAAGACGCUCACCCAUCGGCUUACAGCGGUGGGCAUUCGGGUAUUGAUUGCAGCCAUUGGUGCCUUCCUGGAUUGCCUGAUACUUGGAACCAGCUUCUAUAUGCAGCACUUGUCAUGUGA